AUGGCACCAGCUCGGAGACGUCGCAAGUCGCCCGCGAACAAUGGGUUAGCGGCGGGAGAGAAGUUGAAGCGCGAAGUGCUGCAGGGUUCUCGUUCAAACUUGUGGAGUUGGGUCGGGAUAGAGGUCACGAAUGUGUCAGAUAUAACCGACGAACACCGUCUAAUGUCCUGCGGACUAUCCAAACGCAAUGGCUGGCCCAUCUGUCGCAACAAGUAUGCUUCAGGGGACCUGCCACAGUCCAAAGGGAACCUGACAAGGGAUGCCGCGCACUCCGCAGCGGACGAGGAUAUUAUCGUCAUAUCCGAUGAUGAAACAGGACUCGAAUGCUCUCGUAAAGCGUGCAAGAACAACCCUAAUUGCCUUAACUAUCUGGGUCAGGAGGCUUGGGAGAAUGAAGAGAAAGCCAAGGAGGCAUAUCUGAAGGCAGCGGAGCUUGGGCCGGAUCCCCGUCUGCAAAUGCGCGAUCCAGGAUCCCCAGUUGGGCUGAAGAACUUAGGAGCAACUUGCUACGCCAACGCCUUUCUUCAAGUUUGGUUCCAAGACCUGGCCUUUCGCGCAGGCGUUUACAGAUGCAUGCCAACUCAGGACUGGGAACAUGGAUUCCAAGAUACACCGGUCUUUCAGCUGCAAGUGACGUUCGCUGCAUUACAGGAAGGAUCGCACAAGGUAUUUAAUCCUGUGAAACUUGUUGAGAGUCUGCGAUUGCGGACGACCGAGCAGCAAGACGCCCAAGAAUUCUCGAAAUUAUUUAUGUCGUAUCUCGAUGCGGAGUUCAAGAAGCAGUCUGAACCGUCUCUGAGGACUCUCAUCCCUGAUCAAUUCCAAGGUACUCAAGUAUACGGCACCGAAUGCCUCAAUUGCCACAAUAGAUCGGAAACUCUCAGUGAAUUUCUUGAGCUGGAGAUCAGCCUGCAGCCCAACUGUAGACUAGAGCAGCGAAUAGAUGCCCUCCUACAACCCGAGACGUUGUCCGGGGAUAAUAAGUACCUUUGUCCAAGAUGUGAAACCUUGCAAGAUGCGACCCGGUACACCAAGCUGCGCGAACUACCACCCGUCCUCCAUAUCUCCUUGAUGCGAUUCGUUUACGACCUCGGGUCUAUGGAACGCAAGAAAUGUAGCCACUCUGUCACUUUCCCUACUGUUCUCGAUAUGGACCAGUUCUUGGAUAGAUCGCCUGGUGAUUAUAGCCAGCCUGGGGAUAGCAAGAAUCUCUACCGUCUGCAAGGCGUCCUUUUGCACAAGGGAGCUAGUGCUUUGCAUGGUCAUUAUGAAGCCCAGGUGUAUGAUAUUGCAAGCAAGCAGUGGUAUCGGUUUAAUGACGAGUCGGUCUCUGCACUUACAUCUAUGCCAUACCUCCCACUUCCAGAUGAAGCAGACGAAGCUGUGGAGAUAGAGAACAAGAGUAACGGCAGAUCAUCUAAGAGUAGCACGAAAGCCCAGAGCACGAAUAGGAAACGGCAGACGCGGAAGGCUGGUGAUGAAGCGAACGUCCAGACUCUCCCAUCCAUGCUCGGACUUCCGGAGUCUAGGAAGUACGGGCAGUCUGGACAGGCGUAUACAACGAGGUAUAUUGCGUCGAAGGAGGCCUACAUGCUUAUAUACCGUCGGGAGAUGGCUGAUUCCCGCACUUGUGAUUCGGCGGUGGGAGCUACCAGGUCGGCAAGUCCACCAUUUGCUUCGACGGGAGACGAGACGAUUCGUAUAAUCAUGCCUCCUGCACGGGCUCGUGAAGUUGUCAACGUAAUGAACGAAGAGCUACGCGAAGCGAUAAAGGACUACAGGUCCAAGCAGGAGCAGAAGGUCACAGAAUUGACCAAGCUUCGCAGGGUGAUGAUGGACAUACUGCACUCCUGGAACGUGACAAGCCACGAUGAGCCUAGCCUGAUAGUCAGCGGUCAAAGCCUUGAGGCCUGGGUAGUGAGUGGAUUGAAGGAGGUCGAGCGUAAGGGCAAGCAAGCCCUGAAGACAGUAGGUGUCGCCGAUGAAGGGGAGCUAUGCACAGAAAGUCAGAAGUCGGCCCCGGACUCUUCUUCUACUCAGUGCGGGCCCUCCGUUCGUCGAAGGUUCUCUAAUUCUACUAUCGCAUGUCGUCAUGGUUUACUUGAUCCUAUGGAAGCUGGAGACAUGAAGCGACUGAGAAAGACGGCCUAUGAAAGGAUUGUGCAGGAAACCAACUCCGAAUUUCUGCCGGUGCUCUCUUCUGGAGACAUUUGCCACACCUGUGUAGCUGAACAGUUCGAUGAACGACUUUAUCAAACAGAACACCCGAACCACGUUGCUCGAUUCAACAAACUGUCCACUGAUGACGGUGAUACCAACAGCUAUUGGAUAUCCAAAACAUGGCUUAAAGACUGGAAGCUCUCGAAGCCAAAGAUGCACAGAUCGGGCCAAGAGGAUCCCGCACCCAACCUUCCACCCUUCCAGCAAGAUGUUCUCUGUGAACAUGGAUAUCUUUCCACAGACGGACAUCUUCGCCGUCGAAUACCGGCACAGGCGUAUGACUUCUUGAUCGCACGCUUCCCCGAACUACAAUUGCCGUCAGUUGAUACAGAAGUAUGCGCGAUAUGCCAAACAACGAGCCAUGUCUCGAAAGAAGAGCGCCUAGAAUGGAAGAGCAAGGCAGAUCUGGAAAAGCGCGCACUCAACUACAUGUAUGAGAAUGCGCUGGAACACCAUGGAGAGCUUCCUCCUAACAUUCCAUGCGCUAUAAUACCUCCUGAAUUUGUUUCAGCGUGGAGACAGUGGGUGCGCCAGCCCUCCCAGGUUCAGCGACCGGACAAAGUAGACAACUCCAUGUUCAUCUGUCGACAUGGUUUGCUACUGAUAGAUCCGAGCUCCGCGAUCGACAUCGAUGGCUCCGUGGCUGUAAUACCCAUGGGGGAGUGGGCAGUGCUCAAGAACCAUUAUCCCGCUAAACCGCUUAUCUCCGUUGAAAAUCGAUACGCCGGAGAAGGCUCUCGUAUCGUAUGCGACCUUCCCGUAUGUCAUGACUGUCGCUUCCAAAAAAAAUCAGAUUAUACCGAAACCGAUAUCAACCUCCGAAUAUGCAAUGCGCAAGGACUGCAAGAAGAUCUGAAGCACUCGCAAGAGCGUCCGCGAAUUUCAAUAUAUGGUACUCGCGGCGCCAGAAGAUCGAAACGGAUACGGCAUGGUGUCUACAAGGCGAACAAUCUCAGUAUUAGAAUUUCGAAAGCGAUGACGCUUAAGGACCUGAAGCUGAAGUUGCAGGAAGAGAGGGACCUACCAGUAAUCUGUCAACGCCUGUUCUAUUGCGGCCAAGAGCUUGGGGAUAACUCUCUCACAAUGGGUACACUCGGGAUACUUCCUAACGACACCAUUGAUGUACGGGAAGAACCAGAGGAUGCGGACGCCCUUGAUGACGAAGGCGAUGGUCUGAGAAAGAAACGGCGUCUCGAGAAAGAGGGUCAGGCUUUUGAUGGGACAAUCCUCAGCGGUCAGCACCGGACUUCUUCUAGCCCUGAAUCCCGGGAACGGGAGACAGAGGUCACUUUGCAUGGUAUGCGACGGGAUCCUUAG